AUGUCGACCAAGGCCGCCACGGCCAUCGGGCUCCCGCCCGGCCUCAACUUCCACCCCGACGACGACGAGCUCGUCGAGUUCUACCUCCUGCCGACCGCCCGCGGCGAGCCGGCCUGGUUCCCGGGCGUCAUCGUCAUCGACGACGACACCGCAGGCAACACGGUGCCCUGGAAGCUCCUGGAGCGCCACGGCCUGGCCGGCGAUGACGAGGCCUACUUCUUCGUGCGCACCAAGCAGGACGACAUAAAGGAAGCCAUCCGACAGGUUCGCUACUGCGCUGGCGGCGCGAGGUGGGUGUCGCAGAGGCCCGUGUUCGGCGCCUCGUGCAUCGGCGGCGAGAGGAUCGAGUGGAGGAGGAUCAACUUGAACCUGCAGAUGGGCCGCGGCAGGAGCGGCGGCGGCAGCGGCAGCACGGGGUGGGUGAUGCACGAGUACGCCCUCACCGAGCCGGCGCGCCCGUCCCUCAAGAUCUGCCACGUCUCCUUCUCCGGCCACGGCAAGGAUCGCAAGCGCGUUCCCGACGAGGAGUACUCCGAACCCGCAUCUAAGCGCGCUCGCGUCGACGCCGCCGAUGCCAACAGCGGUUCAUCGACUUGUGUCUACGGAUCGACAGCGCCCGCGAUCGAUCAAGGCUACGGCACUUCCGGAGACGUCUUCCAGUUCCAGCAGCUACAUGCGGGCCAGCAAGAACACUCGCUGCCUUUUCCGAUCGACCAAGGCAUCUCAGCGACAGAUCUACAGCAGCAGCAGCCCCUGCCGGAGACCAACGUGAGUUCAGCGACUUGUGCUUAUGAACCGAUGCAAGUUACCGAUGAGCAAAUCUUGGAGUGGGGUAGUUCGUUUGCCGACGACGACGCAGAGCCAACAGCAGAGCAGCAGAAGACCGACGCCGCCGACAGCAGUUCAGAGAUUUGUGGUUAUGAUGAUUAUGAACCGGUGCAAGUUUCCGACGAGGAAAUCCUGGACUGGGGUAGUAGUUUUCUGGCCGACGAGCAGUUGAUGAUCCAGGAAACCGUCGCCGACGGAGCAGCAGAAAGCUCUGAUGGCAUCUCACCGAGCAAUCAGCAGCAGCUGCAGCAGCUUGACUCAGUGCCCUCCAUGGAGGUCGAGGAACGACAAGAGAUUCAAGAGGAUCAGUUUCAGCUGGCGCAGAGCUCUACCACUACCACUACCACUACCACCGGGACUAGCUUCUUCCUUUCCGCAGCAUCAGCAGGUGCAGAGCUCUACCUGGAGCAAGCAGUGCCAACGACAGAGCAGCAUCAGCAUCUGCCGGCGGAGUACCAGACUGGAGGAGACGAGCAGGAGCAGCGGAAGUUUUGGAGGUCCAUAGGAGUUGAUAUCGGGAACAUAGUCUUCUGA